UGUACUGCAAAGAGACCGAAACUGUUUGUUUUGAUUCGUUGGCAAAUAAAGAAGUUCAGAAAUUAUUUCGUGUCGAAACCAAAAUAUAGUUGAUCCUUACUUGAUAAGUUACUGCGAAAAUGCAAUGAUGAAUUAACGGAAAAAUCUGCUACCAAAGAAUCAAAUUUUGCUUUAAAAGAGCCUUUAGAACCCGCAGUUCAGCAUCACGAAUCAAACUAAAAUAUGUCGCAAAUACGAGCACUCUACAAGCCUAAAGAAAUCUCGAAUAUCACUUGUCGUAUCUAAUAAGCUCGAUUUCAUCAAAAUCAAAAUUAGUUAAGAACUAGCCCCACAAUGACGAAUCCUCGGAUAAACUGGGGAGAAUUGUUUCCGAGCAAAAAGAGUAUCUUUAUUUUCAUCGGUUACAUGUCUCUAUUUGUGAGCCAAGGAAUUUUAGUAACAGCAUCACAACGUGCCGAUAACAGUUACAGUUACAACACUGUGCUUGUCGUAUUACUAACGGAAGUACUGAAGUUGGCCAUUUCAACUACAUUGUAUUGCCGAGAGAAUACUUUUAAAUCACUUGUCGCCAAAGUAGUCGAGGAAAGCGAAGUAUUACUACUGUACUUUGUGCCUGCGUUCAUGUACUGUCUGUACAAUAAUCUUGCCUUCGUGAAUCUUUCCACGUUCGAUCCGACAACUUACUAUUUACUGCUACAGCUUCGUGUUGUCAUCACUGGAGUGCUCUUCCAGGUAAUCUUCAAGAAAUCUCUCAGCCGAAAGCAAUGGUUCUCGUUGUGUCUUCUAACCUUGGGUUGUAUGUUAAAACAAUGGAACUUCUCUCUGCCGUCGUCAGAUGAAUUAACUAAAGAAACGGCAAUUGCUGACGAUAAAAGCACCUUUCACGGGAAAAACAUUUCCGGUUUCGAUCUCAGCUUUAGUGCGAUUUUGAUUUUAGUGCAAACGAUAUGUUCCUGUUUGGCCGGUGUCUACAACGAGUACCUGCUAAAACGUAAAGGUUCCGAUAUCAACAUUUACAUUCAAAAUGUAUUCAUGUACGUUGAUUCGAUUGUCUGCAACCUGUUGAUACUAAUGUUCCGCGGAGAACUUUCCGCCGUCGUUACCCAGAAGCAUCUAACUGAGGUGUUUCGCUUUGAGGUUCUAGUGAUAAUGAUCAACAAUGCCGCGAUCGGGAUAAUAACAAGUUUUUUCCUGAAGUACCUGAACUCAAUCCUGAAGACAUUCGCCAGUGCGUUGGAGCUUAUGUUCACUGCAAUUUUGUGCUAUCUGCUUUUCUCCAUACCGGUGUAUUUGAACACCGCUCUCGCAAUCGUGGUUGUGUCGUACGCAAUCUACUUGUAUUCACUCAACCCGGUGGUCAAUCUUGCCAACAAGUCUGGUGUGAGCAGUUCCAGUGGAGGACAACCGAAACCUAAGGACGAGAGCCGAAUGGCUCUGAUCAGGAAUGAUCGCGACGAUAUCGAGCUUCAAAUGGAAGAAGUUUAGUUACCUCUUAGAACAAGUGCAGUCACCAAAAACAGUCACUGUUAACAUUAUGUUGUAGGUUCGUUUCUGUACUAUUGUGAAUCUUUGUUCCCAUGUAUGAAAUUAACACAAAAAUCAUAUGUUUAGUGAUGUGAAAUAGCAGUGGAAGAGUAUUUACCAGUUAUUUUAAGUUUGUCAUUAUUUUAUAUUUGAAGAAAAUAAAUCAAACCUACUAGAUUUUCGUGAAAUUAGAAGAGACAGCGGAAUUCGAUCUCUCAUCAGACAA